AUGAGGUUCAUCCUGUCCCUGAGUCUGAUUGCUACAACCCUUGCAAUCGCUCCUACCCGCUUUGACAGGGAAAAGGUAUUCCGUGUGAAACCCCAAAAUGAGAAACAAGCAAACAUCAUAAAAGACUUGGCCAACACCGCAGAGCUUGACUUCUGGUAUCCAGAUGCCACUCACCAUGUAACAGCUAACAUGACGGUGGAUUUUCGUGUGAGUGAGGAGGACUCCUGGGCCAUCCAGUCAUCAUUGGAGAAAAAUCAAAUGCACUAUGAAAUUCUAAUUGAUGAUCUUCAAGAAGAGAUUGAAAAACAGUUUGAUGUUAAAGAAGAUAACUCUCUCAGGCACAGCUACGCAAAAUACAACGAAUGGGACACGAUUGUUGCUUGGACCGAAAAAAUGAUGCAUAAGCACCCUGAAAUGGUAACCCGUAUUAAAAUUGGAAAGACAGCUGAAGAUAAUCCACUGUAUGUUCUCAAGGUAGGGAAACAGGAAGAAAGAAAGAAGUCUAUUUUUAUGGACUGCGGCAUCCAUGCACGAGAAUGGAUCUCUCCAGCUUUCUGCCAAUGGUUUGUCUACCAGGCAACCAAAAGUUAUGGAAAAAACAAGAUCAUGACCAAACUGCUGGACCGAAUGAAUUUCUAUGUUCUUCCUGUCUUCAACGUUGAUGGAUAUAUCUGGUCGUGGACUCAGAACCGCAUGUGGAGAAAGAAUCGCUCCAAGAACCGAAACUCCAAAUGCAUCGGCACUGACCUCAACAGGAAUUUUAAUGCCUCGUGGAACUUGCUUCCCGGAACUAGCAACCCCUGUGGUGAAACCUACGGAGGCUCCGCGCCAGAGUCUGAGAGAGAGACGAGAGCGGUCACUGACUUCAUCCGAAGACACUUGCAAUCGAUCAAAGCCUACAUCACCUUCCACUCCUACUCCCAGAUGCUACUGUUUCCCUACGGAUACACUCAAAAGCUGGCGCCCAACCACAAAGACCUGGCCAAAGUUGCAAAGAUCGGCGUGGAAGCACUAGCAUCUAGAUAUGAGACCCAAUACAUCUACGGUCCAAUAGCAUCAACGAUUUACCCAACUUCAGGCUCUUCUUUAGACUGGGCUUAUGACCUGGGCAUCAAACACACGUUUGCCUUUGAGCUCCGAGACAGAGGCAAAUUUGGUUUUCUCCUUCCAGAAUCUCGGAUAAAGUCAACCUGCAAAGAAACGAUGCUAGCUGUCAAAUUUAUUGCCAAGUAUAUCCUCAAGCAUGUUUCCUAA